AUGUUUGCCAAACAGCUUACCUCUGAGCAACUAAAGCAGAUUGAACUUAACAGACGUGCUGCUCUUCAGAGACUAGCCACCCGCAACGUUCCUGUACCCAUCGGAGAAAGCUGGCAAAGACACAUUGGAGCAGAAUUUACGAAAUCUUAUUUUACAAAACUGUCAUCAUUUGUUGCAGAGGAGAGGAAACAUUUUAAUAUCUAUCCCAGUCCUGAGCAAGUCUUCUUCUGGACCCAUACAUGUGCAGCAGAAGAUGUAAAGGUGGUCAUUCUGGGUCAAGACCCCUAUCACAAUCCUGGCCAGGCCCAUGGGCUGUGCUUUAGUGUGCCAAAGCCCACACCACCACCGCCGAGUUUGGAGAAUGUAUUUGCAGAAUUGAGUGCCGACAUUGAUGGCUUCCAGCACCCAGGUCAUGGGGAUCUGACCGGAUGGGCUACACAGGGAGUCCUUCUGCUGAAUGCAGUACUGACAGUCCGAGCUCACCAGCCCACCUCUCAUCAGGGACAGGGCUGGGAGAUCUUUACAGAUGCUGUGGUUCAGUGCCUUAGUACAAACCUGAGUGGACUGGUUUUUCUCCUGUGGGGCUCUUACGCACAGAGGAAAGGUUCGGUCAUCGACAGGAAACGACAUCACGUCCUACAGACCUCACACCCCUCUCCAUAUUCAGCUAACCUGGGAUUCUUUGGAUGUCGGCACUUCUCCAAAACCAAUCAGCUCCUUGAGAUGUCUGGAAAGACGCCAGUCGAUUGGAAAUCUCUUUAA